AUGGAAUCCGUUCGCAAUACUGCAAAUUCAAUACCCCAGGCGGCCUUACAACCAUCCAAAUGGCUUUCGAUAUAUGAGGACUUUGUGACCAAGAAUGCCAGUUCGGUUGGUCAAGUCGAGUCUGCGCUGAGGUCCUUGACUUAUAUCAUCCCAGGACGAUACCGUGAAUCGGAGAUACCCUCAGAAUGCGUACACUCCGGUGUCCAGCUGUUAUCCUUAUACCAUGAUUCUCUUGUUUCGCGAGUUAUUGAUCAGCUUCCACUGACUGUUCCUCGGCUGCCCCCCACUCCCCAUUCCCGGUAUACCAAAUAUUGGACAUCUCGUUCCUCCUUGUAUCACCGAGUAGCGCUUGCGCUACAAAUGCUCCAAUACACCGAGCUUCUCUGGGAAAUGGCGGCGCGAAGGCGCGGCCAGAAAACACGUUGGCGCGUGGUUGUCUUUAUCGAAUUUGCCAAAGCAGUCUGCCGCUUGCUUCUUCUGCGAUUGACCAAUUCCAGGCCCCUCGUCAGCCCUCCACUCCCAGAGCGCGAGGUAGAUCCAAGAACGACAGAAGAGCAGGAUCAUCAGGGAAACUGGAAUGGAAUGGACACACCGAUGAGUGAGCGUUCUUCAGACUUGAGCUGGACGAUGCCUCGUACGGGAAUGUCGCUUCCGUCUCUACCCGAUGUUAAAGACGUGUCGAAUUAUCUCAUCUCCAAAGUUCUCACGGCGGAUGAUAUCAAACCCCCAAAAGCACUUCUUCACCGGGCAACUGGGCAAGGGCAAGUAGCUGAAAUCCUGUACAUUCUUCGACCUGUCGUCUACGCGAUGGCAAUGCAAAAAUGGAGUGGUGACAAGCGAAGCUGGCGGCCGUGGCUCAUUGGAUUCGGGAUGGAGUAUGGCUGCCGCCAACUCGCAAAGCGUGACUUCCGCGAAAGGGUCGCUGGUGGUCUUCGAGGACUGACGGGUCUUGAACGAGAGGAACUGAAGAAGCGUGGGUGGUCAAUGGGUUGGUGGAUCAUGCGAGGCGCAUUCUAUGAAAACAUCACCAAGUCCUGGCUACACAGUGUAACUAGCAAGAUGAACGGCAAGCCAUUAUUGGACUUGGUGGGCACCGUUGUCGAAGACUAUGAAUAUCUCUGGGACAACUUUUACUUUUCGACUGCCACGCUGUGA